GGCCGGAGAUAGGCACAGUUUGAUUUCAUUCGUCUACAGUUUUAGAACUAUUCCAAGCAGAGAGUGAGAGGUUCCGUGAAACGGUUCAACUUUGUGAUCUGUUUUCUCCGCAAAACAGAUUUACUCAAGCGCAUUAAUUAGUGAUUAGUUUAGUCCAGCCAGCAAAUAGUCAAAAUAAUGAAGAUGUUCAAGUGUUUACUAGUGAUAAGCUGCUUGGCUACCGUGUCAUUUGCUCACAGUGCAUCCGCGGCUCAAUCGAUCAAUUCGAACAAAAUUGACGACAGUAAUGACCCGCAACAGCAACAGCAAACACCCCGGUCUGGAUCUCACCUCGGCGAGAUCAAAUAUCUGUACAAAACUUACCAAGAUUGUGCCAACUCAGAUGUGUCAACCUGUCUGAAACUGAAGCUGUUCACCAUUCUGGACCGAGUGGCGCGAUCGCUCAAGGAUUUUAAGAUCAGCGAAGGUGUCAGAUUCGUUCGUGAUCAGGAAGUUCCAAUCGAUAGCACCCCCGUCAAGACUGAGGUUCAACUCGAACAGGAAUUACCUCGUUCAAUGGACGAGAAGGAGCGCUCGCUGAACUCAAUGCUGUUUGAUAAAGUUUUAUCGUUCUUCCAAACCCAUACCCUACAAGUCAAAUUCCCAUCCAGCGAGGAGAUCAAACGAUCCAUGGAUGAGGUCCGCGCCGGAGGUGGCGGCCUUGGCGGUGGCGGCUAUGGCGGUGGUCUCGGCGGAAACAAGGACAAGAAAAACGGACACUGGAUCAUGAUCCCCCUGCUGCUCGGAAGCACUUUGGUUCCUCUUGCCUUCGGUGCCCUAGCUUUGCUGGCCGGUAAAGCUUUGAUCGUAUCCAAACUCGCUCUUGCACUUGCGUCGAUCAUCGGCAUUAAGAAACUCAUCUCCAGCGGUGGUGGCCAUCACGAAUCUGCCCAUGAAGUUGUGGUAUCCGGCGGACAUGGUGGAAGCUGGGGCCGUAUCGGUUCCGCUCAAGCCUUACCUUAUAACGGAUACGGACACUACGCUCAGUAAGAUCAUCUAGGACAACGUGCGUGCCCAACGAAAAAAAAAUAAAAGAAGAAGCAGAAAAGCAACACGCUAAGCCAAAGCUUGUGAUGGAAGCUCACAAUAAACACGUACACCUACACACCUAUACGUACACACACAGAUAGAUCGAGAAUCUCAAGACGUUAACUGAUGAUCGAAGAAUGGAAAAUCUAAGUUUUUUGUUUGUUUUUGCGUUACCUCACCUAUAACUCUCUCUUUCUGAUCUGUGACCGACCAAAACGUGAAGGAAUGAAAUCGUUCCUGCUCCUGUAUUUUGAAUCAGACCAACUUAGCAUUUUUUUAAAAUGGUUUUUAAAAACUUGCUAAAAUAUUUAUUUAACGUAAUUGUAAUUUUAUUUAUUACACUCGAAGAACUGAUUAUUUAUUUAAUUAAGUCUCUUAAGAUCCAUUUGUAAAAAGCCGAAUAAAUUAAAAUGAUGAAAUAGAAAAAUUA